GCGUCCCAAGCAAUUGUUUUUAUCCUAGAAACGGUAGUGUUUGUGUGGGUGGCGAUGUAAACAUGGGAAGGAGGACGGAUUGAUUUUAAAUCCCAUUAUUUUGUAUAAAAUCAGGGAGUCGAAGGGGACGAGGACACAACAUGGCUGCCACGGUGAGUCUGGAGCUGGAUCCCAUCUUCCUCAAGGGCCUCGGGUACCUGCACUCCAAGAGCAAAGACUCGGCAGAGAAGCUCAAGGCCUUGCUGGACGAGUCCUUGGCCAGAGGCAGCGACUCCACCUACAGGAUUUCCCAGAAGGAAAUGGAAGUGACCAAGGUGUCAGUGAGCAAGGUCACUCUGAGCAAACAGGAUUUGAAAUCCUCCAGCUCGUCAUCGUCGGGCGGCGGGAGCAGCAAGUCCAGCAGCUCCGAGAAAAGCAAGAAAGAGAGCGAAAAACGGCCAGCAGAAAAGGUGAAGGUGGACCUUGGCGAAGGUGCCGACAUGCCUAAGAAGUCCCGUGUGGAGAAGCAGGAGAACCGUGGCUCUCCGGUUACGGUGCUGACCAGCAGGGACCUGCCCAUCCCCGACCUGUCCAGCUUCGACGAGACCAGCGCCGACGACUUCGCCAUGGAGAUGGGCCUGGCCUGCGUGGUCUGUCGACAGAUGACGGUGAGCUCGGGGAAUCAGCUCGUCGAGUGCCAGGAGUGCCACAACCUGUACCACCAGGACUGCCAUAAACCUCAGGUGACGGACAAGGACGUGAACGACCCGCGGCUCGUUUGGUACUGCGCCCGCUGCACCAGGCAGAUGAAGCGCAUGGCUCAGAAAAGCCAGAAACCGGCCCAGAAACCAGCCCCCUCCAUGGUGUCCGCAGCCCCUGUAGCAAAGGAUACUCUGGUCAGGAAGUCGGACGCCAAACCCAAGCAGGACACCACCAGCACUUUCCAGGCUUUCAAGCGGGCUGAAGUCAAGGCCUCCAGCGCAGUAUCUGCAGUCCCCUCGGGUGGCGGCUCCUCCGUGCCUCCUGCCAGCGGGCUCACAGGAUGGGCCGCCUUUGGAGCCAAGGCCAGCCCCUCUGGCGCCAAGUUGGGCCCAUCUACGUCGGGCAGUGGCGGGAAGGGCAUUUCCUCCAACCAGAAACCGGCCGGCCUGUCCGGACUGGCCGGCGCGAAGUCGGGCCUGGGAGCCAAGAUGGCAGGCAACGCUGGCGCUAACAAUGGUUCCGGUGUGGUGCUCCCACUGAAGCCCCCACCACCCCUCACCUUGGGGAAGCCAGGCCUGAACAGCAGCAAGGCCUCUGAUUACCAGAGACAGUGACCGUCUAUGUUCUGCCGAGCUGCCGGUGACAGCUGGGACAUGUCGGGGACAGCGAUCCUGUGGUAACCGGACCCCGACCUCGCCUCGUAGCAGACCAUCUCCAGCAUUGGGAGGGGCCUCGAACUGGAAGCCACACCCACCUUCCCCCGGUCAGCGACGGUCUGAGUCUGGACACCAGAACUCAUGUCCCCUCCCCUGUCCUCAUCAGGGUCACCCGCAGCUGGUGCAGCACCAGGCGCCCCCCCCAUCAGCACUCUGACCUCCUUGGGCAUCGUGCGUGGGAAGCGCUUUGUGUCAGUUUCAUGGUGACGGGUGCUACAUGCGUCGUGUUCUGUUCGAACUCGGGAUCCUUUUGCCUUUGUCUCAUAGCAUUAGUGCUUUUUUUAUAAUUUUAGAGUUUCUCUUCCUUUGUUGCCUUUGUAAAC